UACGCCAAUCGAAACCAACCCAAUGUAAUCAAAGAUGGCUUUCAUUGGGGAGACUAUCUACGAGGAUUACCUGUACAAAUUUACAGGCAAAAGUCGUUCUAUAUUAUGGGGCAAAGGUAAUCCCUGGAAACAGAAAUACUUUAUUCUAAAGCGAGUCGGCAACAAACCAGUGCUGGAAUUCUUCAAUAAAAAACCAAAAACAAGAAACUCUGUACCUAAAGGGAAGAUAGACUUAAUGCCAAGUUUUCGUGUAGAAAAGGUAACAAACAUGAAGAAUCGAGCAUACGUGUUCCAGAUUACCACACCAGAAACAACAAUUUGUUUGUCUACAGAUGAACAAAGGUCAAUGGAUAUAUUUGUGUUCUUUCUUCAAAUACAAACCAGAUUAAAGGAUCAGAUCAGGGAAGAUUAUUUUGUCGUACACCCAGAGAAUUCAGAAGCUCAGAGACGUAUAGGUGCCAAGGGAACUAACUGUGUACUACAUAUAUCACCAUACGGUAUAACGUUAGCACUACAGUCAAACAGAGCAGUGCUUGCUCAGUGGCCGUUGAAGAGCAUAAGAUCUUACGAGAGCUCCGAACAAGGACAGUUGUCAAUCGAGGCCGGGAGAGUAGCACCCAUGGGUGACGGGUUGUAUAUUUAUAAAACAGAGCCCGGUGAGGAUAACCAGAUGUAUGAUUUGAUUGACAGAUAUGUUCUAGAUGCUUUAGAACAAGUUCAGCCAGCUUUAAGGGGUGGUUCGGAAGAAAUAGAGGAUUAUGUAAUAGAAGCCGAGAGGUUAUUGUCCCUUACUGUAGUGUCAGCAUGUACUGCAGAGAAUCCCGAUAUCCAUAUUAUACUGAGGGAAAACUGGAGUACUGAUGUACAAACCCCGACAGGUAACGCAAGACCACGACAAAUUGUUCAUACCAGACUUACAUCGGCUGAAUCUGUCGGAAGUCUGAAUAGUCAGAAUAGUUUUACAGGACCACAGUCUAUUCCGUCAAGACUUAUCAACGAAACGUCAUCAUCCAGGAACUCUCCGCAGGUGCCUCGAUCAUUACCUCCCUUUCAAAACUCGCCAAGUCUUGUACAGAGACAAGGAUUGAACCGAAGUCAACCGAACCUAGCAGACAGGCCGCCUGCCCCUCCUCCCCCUCCCGCUGCAUCAAGUAUACCAUUAAAGAUUCCACAGCGCUCCAUGUCACAGCCUGGGGGCCAGUAUCUUAGGAUGAAUUCUGCAGCAAGUACACCAGGCACGACUGGUUCACCAUUUACACCAACUUCUGCAGACUGGGUACCCCCUCCUUCAUUCAGGGAUGCUUUAAGACAGAAAUCUACGUCCCCGAUAUCUGAGAACGGCCCGUACAACCAAGAUUCUUACCUGACACCAACAUCUCCGGGGCUGAUAGCUACAUCCACGCCGAAUGACAAACAUUCAGGUGUUCGACCUGUAAUGAAAGAUCAGUAUAUCACGCCACUAUCAGUGUCUGAAGGUCAAUCACCAACCAAUGGAAAUAGUGCUGUGAGACUGACUAAUGUCACAGGGAGACCGAACUUUGUGAAAAAAGAAUUGCGUCUAUCGCCAACAAAUGUUAAUAGGGUUGAACAUGAAAAUAAAACUUCUCCUGCUAAAAUUAGGUCAAGGAGAUUGAGAUCUGCAAGUUGUGAAGAUUUAAGCGAUUAUCUGAGGUCCGUCGUGUAUGACCCAAUUUCCAAAAGUAUGAAUGAUCUUUUAAAUGACAAAGAUGAUGACGACGAUUAUCUAGGUCCCGAGCCGUUUCCACGGUUACAAAGUUUUUCAGGUGUAAUAGAGAGUGAUCAUAAUCCGGAAAAUUAUUACAACAUUGAAGGGUUGAAGGGAAAAAUAUAUGACGGGCCAGGAUUGCCAUUUGCUGAAUUACGGAAAAAGUUUUCCAAAAGAUCGCUGUCCAGGAUUCGUAGAUCUGUUUCAAAUCCUAAUUUUAUUGGUUCGCUAAGUCUUGAAAAGUUAAAUUAUGCAAGGGUCAGUAUAGGUAUAACAACAUCGAGUCCCAGUGAAAGUAGGUCAUCUUCCCUUGCCAAUUUAAUACCGGAAGCAUUAAAAAAACAUCUGUCGUCUAAGGACUCUAGUCAUAAAGGUUCACUCAGUGCGCUAUCAAGUGGAGCGGUUUCUAAAAAUAGCAGUCUUUCUAGCAGCAGAACGAGUAGUGCGCAUGCCAGCCCGUAUAAUAGUUUGUCAAGGAAACAUAAACAUGCUCCGAAAGAAGAUAUCGUCGGGUCGACCAGUGUCAAAGGUAUUAAUUUAACACGUAGGAGUAGAUCUUUUAGAAGACAAAAACAUCCAGAAGAUGAUCAUUUAAAACACGGACAUAGAAAAGGGAACCAGUCUGAGCAUAAAGCGGACGUAACCAAUGGGGAAGCAGAGGUACACAAAGGGGAACCAGACAAACACAAAGGGGAACCAGACAUAAGUAAACAGGAACCAGGUGUAUCUAAUGAAGAUGCACAGAGUGACUCCAAAAUGAAUCCAAGUAAAUUACAUAGUAAAAAUAAGCAGGAAACUCAAUGUACUGAAGACUCUUAUCAAAUUAUGUCCGAUCUUGGGGCAGGAAGUAAAGUUUCGAAACCUAAUAAAACAAUGCCAAAGCCUGCGCCCAAACCUAAACCUAAACCUGUUGCCAAUGGCAGCAAUAAAGAUCAAGGAUCAAGUGCAACUUCAGCAUUAUAAAUGCUACAUCAUAAACAUUCCAAAAGGAUUGUCAUUAUUUUUUUAUUAUUUUUUUUUUACCAUUUUGAGAUUAACAUUUCUUCCAUUACACAAUAUGCCAUUAAUAAUUACUACAGGGUUACAGUUCUGGUCUAUAAUUGAUUGUUAGUAGGUAACAUUGCAAACAUAUUUUGUUUUAUUAUGGUAAGACCUGAAGAGGUUUUUUUUAAACACUGAGACUUUCUUUGAUUUGUUUGAUUUUUAUGUCAGUAUAAUGAAUGGUAUUUGUCAUAGCUAUUAUAGAUCUAACUCUAAAAUUAUCAAGUGUAAUGAUAUAGGAUAUAU